UUAUGCGCCAGUGAAAUCCACGCUUAAAAAAACAACGACAAACCAAGCAAAUUAUCAUCGAAGAUAUUCUUUCAGUGAAAAGAAAAUUAUUGACUACCGUUGACAUAAGAGUUUGCCUUCAAUAAUCAGUACCCAUAUUAACUUUUGGUCGUGAGCCUUUUUUUAAAACGGCAGUAUACAGGCUCAGUGUAAGAUUUUAGUGCGCUAAAUGUAUAUUUUAUAGUUUUCCCACUUUUACGAAAGCGGGUUGCUAUUAGUGCACCACUCAUUGUGACUUGCGACUGAUAUUAAAAAGAUAUCUUGUGAGUUUUCUUUGUUGUUUUACAGGUUUGUUUCAUUGUUUAAGUGUUGUAUUUUGUUCAUAUGUAUUUACAUAGUUAAUAGAGGGGACUCCAUCUCCCUCUAUUAACUAUGGUAUUUAGGUUCGGUUUGUUUAGCUUUGUUGAUUGUUGGUUGGUCAAACACUCUAGUAUUUUUACGCACCUUUUGCUUCAAUAUCGCAAAUGAUGUUAUAUUUUUUUCUUUACUCGCUCUUGGAAAUUUAACAAGAUCAACGCUACCUUUUUGACAUACGUUUGAAGUGCAAUAACCGCGUAGUCAAGUCUAAUUAUCAUCUCUCAAUGAUAACGAAACCAAUCAUUAAGAUCAAAACAGUACAUCCAAUAACAUUAUUUCCCCAAUAUUUAUUUUGCUUUUCAUUUUUUCGAGCAAAUCAUCUACAUUAUGAAAUAGAUGGGAAAUUGCUCAACGGCUUUUCCUGAAUAUAUAAUACUCUAUAUAAUACUCUAGCCCAAGGCGAAGUUAAUAAAUAUGUGUUUUAAGAGUGUCAACUGAUAUAUAUCUCUAUUGCGUAGUUGCUAAAUGUCCAAUAAUAAAUAUAUCACCAAACUGCCACGGCAAUUCAUUUUUUAUUGCUUUUAUGGUGAUAUGACGAUGUGUGUCCUCGAGAGUGUGCACUGACUGGUGAAAUUAUCACGCUGUUUGGACCAAUCAAGUGUGCGCAAGGUUGAAUCUAUACUCUAAAUAUUCUAGCGGUAUUAUAAAUGUGUUAUCUUUAACCUCUGUCAUUUUGGUUAUAUUCUCUAUACGGUAAAAGUGAUGCAUUGGUAGGAAAGAUUAUUGUCUCAAUCGAACCGCUCUAUAAAACGUUCAUCCCCUGGGGAAACACCAGUUGACCCAUUACAGAGGUGACCAUUUAUUAGAGAUCUAAAAUGAAUGAAAACAAUUUUUGGGGAAAUGAAUGACCACUUUAAAUUGAGUGGGAGUUUGUUCGCUAAAUAGAGGUUCGACCGUCUUACUUUCCUAAAUACAUACACAGAAAGUAUGAUUAAAGUCAUCAAAAAUCUACGGAUCGGUAGAGAACUCCCGCAAGGGAUAAUCACUUUUUAAACGAGUUGAUAUAAUUGAGCAAGGCAUAGAGAUCUUUAUUUCCUUCUAAAGACUUCGUGAAUUAAAUAUCCUUUUAGUAUUCUAAUUUCACAAUACUUAGCGUCACAUUUAUCAUUGUGAAAUGUGUUCAUAAUGUGGUUUAAUUUAGAAAAAAUGCGCUCAAAGCCUUCCGGCGUUUAGUAUAAGGGACUGGAAAUGAGGGAAACCGCAUGAUAUUUUCCGCAUGCGUUUUAACUUGGGCCAUUUAGAUUGAACUUUGAAUCUUAGUGUUUCAAUGUACUUGCAAUAAAGAGGGCAUCACUCAAUGCGUUCGCUAUCUAUUGAGAACAAAACAUUCAUAUUAAUUGGUUGCAAGAGGCUCCAGCUGAGUCAAAGCCUAUAUUCUUUAUCGCUGCSUAAUUGAUGAUACYCAAGGCCAUCUACARGAUGAAACUCAUUGURAAACCAAACMACUCRGAGGUGUUUAUUAAUGCCGAGAACAUAWCCUAUUCAAGGAAAAUGCUCGCGGAAGGAUUUGCUUAUAAGAGGRUUGUUUUCGGUUUCAUCGCCGUUGCAGCGAUUCUAGGGAACAGUUUAUUUUGUACAGUUCUUGCACGGAAACGAGUGCUGCUUCGAAGGCCUUAUAACAAGUUGCUGCUAUCGCUAGCUGUUACUGACUUACUAACAGGUAUUCUAAUUAUUUUCACUCCUAACUUCAUAUGGGACAAAGGUUGGUUUAAUGUUCCUAGCAACAUCUUCGGCGAGUUCUACUGUCGAGUCAUUUACAACAGACUUCUCCUUUUCCUCUUCGGGAAAGCUUCCAUUUUGACAGCAACAUUCCUGGCCGUGGAGCGCUGGUACUCAGUCAUUAAACCAAUCAAAUACCGUAUUGCCUUUACUCAUCGUAGACUACGAGUGUCCAUCUCAUGCAUUUGGUUAGCAAGUACCUUGCUGCAAAUGACAAAAGGGUUCACCAUAGCUCCAUAUAAGGGCUCUUGCGUAGCAACGUCUGCUGAUACGAAAUCCUCACAAACGCUUUCCAUUAUUUACGUCUGGGUGACGUUUCUCAUUCCAAGUUUCAUUAUAUGGUGCACGUUUCUACACAUAUGGACAAAAUUACGCAAGAAAAACRCCAUGCCUUCCGGCGAGCUACGAAAAAUGGCAACGCAAAGGCUGAUGGGAGUUUGYGGCGUGGCAGCCUGUAUAAUGACACUUUGUUGGCUUCCUAUUCAAAUAACGUACGUUCUUAGCWCGUUCGGGGUCAYUGCGCUUGACAGCAAACUUCAUACGGGAAACCAAAUGUUAGCUAUGGCAAACAGUUGUAUCAACCCUUGGAUAUUCUGUUUUGCAAACAAGGAGUACAGAGACGCCGUCCUUGGAUUUCUGGGGUCKUUACGUCGAUGUCAGUUACCUAAUAAGGCGGCAUUCAGUCAUGAGGUUUCUCAUGAUCACGUGACUGCGAAAAAAGGCGUUCCUUUACAGCUCCUACAUGUUUGUGAUAAUAAUAGUGUAAACACCACGAUGGGAUUUGAUAACUGUGUCGAAAAGGAGGAGUUUGAUACAAAGUUCUAGUACCUGAAUAUAUAUCACAAUAUAAAAAUACAUGGUUAUCAUAUCGAGCGCGCUUUUUAACUAUAAUGCACCUAGUACUUUUUCGAACGCACCCGUUUAAAUAAACAUUUUACAUCGUCGGUUUUUGUAAAAAAAGUACGAAUUAUUUAUGGGUGCUCAUGAUGAUUGAGCAUCUGAAAAUAACAUCUUAGUUUUUCUAAAGUUAGCCAUGUUCAAUAUAUUCCAAUUCUAGACAGUAUUAAAUACUUGGGGUGACAAGUGUCAGCUAAAGGACAGCAAAAAUAAGUCAUCAAGCACUUUUCCUAGCUUCAAAACUAAUAUAUUUUGUGUAGUUUACAAGUACAGACGGUGGAAUCAUUUUAUUAGGCAUAAGGGUGCCCCCCAUCAUUACAUCUGCUUACUCAUCUAUCGAGUACAAGCUUUUAAGGCAUUGCAUUUACAUGUAUGCGGACUCUCUGCAUUUACUUGGGAUAAAAUAGGAUCUUGUGAUAUUCCUAUGAUCUUGGCUGAAGGCUAGAAGAUUCGAAUCUUCCCAAACGCGUUUUUGAUUGAACUAGUUUUUACGAUGGUCGAUCGUAUGAAACUGCCCUAACUUUGUUCAAUUCACGACGUGCGCAUUGGUUGCGCGUUGCGGAUUUUUCAGUCACGCGAAGUGAUGUGUAACAGUUCAGUUAUACGACUUCAGGUCUUAUAAUCUUAUACGUGACGUAAGUUUAAU